AUGGAAAUUGAGAGAAUGAAGGAGCUGAUGCUCAUUUGGUAUAGAAUCAGAAGUUCUCGUGUGGCUCUCGUGGGUGGAAAUCACACCGCAUCCAGAUCUGAGAAGAUUCCUGUUAAGAAAUUCAGGUGGAAAAGGCAAAAAGCCAUGAAAUUUGCUAGCGGUUACAAAAUGAAGCAUUCACCGUAUGGUAUUGGUUUAGAUUCCGAUACCCUUUUGGUGAUUAAGCUACCUGAUUCGCAGUUUUUGCGUAUUGUGUCUCGCUCGGUGUUUUUAGCUGUUGUUAUUCUUACGCUUCCUUGCUUUGGCUCCAUUUUGAAGGAGCUUUCUUCAACUUCUAGUUAUGACCUAUCUGUAGACGAUUUUGAUUCUGACUUGAUUGAUGUUGAAUUCUUGGAUUCACUAUUGCUAAAUUUGGUUAAUGAGGGCCUUAUCAAGAAGGGAGACAAGGCUCUCUUUGCAAGCUCUGGCAUUGGGGCUGUAAUUGAUAAUUCACACUUCUUGAAUGCCAAUGAGAUUGAUUUUGUAGUGGGAUCUGAUCUGGGGCAACGUGGCUUUUUCCAUGACCCUUCAUUUGAUUUUGUAUUAGCACUUGGAAUUAAAGAUAUUGAAUCUCUUGAUAGCAUUUUGAAAGUUGGUGGUGUUCUGGUUUCUCAGUUGAGUGAUCUUCCAAAUGCUUUCCUGAAGAAAUCAAAUUAUAAAAUUUUUUAUCUACGGCAGUAUAGUUCAACCAUUGUGGCAAUGAAGAAAACAAGUUUGGGAAAUGAGCUGGUGGAUUCCUCAGCAGGAAGGAGCCAGCUUUUUGAUUUGGCAUUGGAGGCCAAGAAAGUAGCAUUGAAUGGCUUGGAAGAUGUUCUGCUUGAGCCCCCAAGAAAAGUUUUAGCAACAUCUAGAAAACUCUUGAAGAGAUUCAACUAUCUUCCUGACUUGUUAGGGGAUUCUUUAGAAGAUUACCCACGUCGAGUUUUUGUUGAUGUGAGCUUGCAAGAGGAGGAGGAUGGUGUAAUGGCAUGGUUUAAUGAGAACUAUCCAACUAGGAAACAAAAAUUUGAGAUGUACAACAUCCAAAUGUUGCCUGAAGCAGUGUCAAAGACAGUGACACCAAGCGUCGAUGUUUCGAAUUGGUUGAUGAAGAAUGUGAGGGAAGAUGAGUUUGUUGUGAUGAAGGCAGAAGCAGAAGUGGUUGAGGAGAUGAUAAUGAAGAGGACUAUCGGUUUGGUGGACGAACUGUUUCUUCAGUGCGAGAAUCAGUGGCAGAACGGGGAAGGGAAGAAGAGCAAGAGGGCUUAUUGGGAGUGUUUAGCGUUGUAUGGAAGGCUGAGAGAUAAAGGAAUUGCUGUGCAUCAAUGGUGGGACUAA